AUCAUCAGACUUCUUGUCUUUCAGAUUAGGGGGAAAUGGGAAUUUCAAGCGAAGCUGAUCAUCCUUAUGUUCCAAAAGACCUGAAAUUGCCUGGAUUCGUGCCUGGAUUUCUCUCUCAAUCCACUAUUCUUGCCGUUUAUGGCAUCUCUUCUUUGCUAGUUGUCUCCUUCAUGUGGAUUUUAUCUGGACGUUUUCGUAAGAUAUCAAAGGUUGAUAGAUUACUUAUGUGCUGGUGGAUAUUCACGGGCCUAACUCACAUUAUCCUUGAGGGCUACUUUGCUUUCUCUCCCGAAUUCUACAAAGAGAAGACCCCACAUUACUUAGCUGAAGUUUGGAAAGAAUAUAGCAAGGGUGACUCACGGUAUGCAGGACGGGAUUCUGGUGUGGUUGCCGUUGAAGGAAUAACCGCUGUUGUAGAGGGCCCCGCUUGUCUCCUAGCAGUGUAUGCAAUAGCAACAAGGAAGUCAUAUAGUCACAUACUUCAAAUAGCAAUCUCUCUAGGACAGCUUUACGGUGCGGCCGUGUACUUUAUUACGGCUUUACUUGAAGGGGACAAUUUCGCCACAAACGCAUUCUAUUAUUACGCUUAUUACAUCAUGGCCAAUAUAUGGUGGGUUAUAAUUCCCACCACCAUUGUCGUACGAAGCUGGAAGAAGAUAUGUGACGCAUUCCGGGCCCAAGAACAGAAAAAGACCAAAACCCGUUAAGAGUUUUGGACGGGUUUUCGUUUACGGUACUACUGAUGAUCUGUUUUAUCUUGUUAAAUCUUCCAUUGUUCGUGUUUUAUUUGAUGAAUUGCUCGGCAACUUGCUGCAUGUCCUAUGGCCCGGGCUAUUUAGAUGACAGUUUUCUUGCUAAAAACUCAAAGUAGACAUUAUUUGAUCGGUGAAGAAGUUCACAAUCUGUUGCUGGAAUUUACAUGAACAGACAAAAUAUCUAUUUUAACAGCUUUGAAGAACACUGUGUGAAGGGCUUAGUGUUAGCAAAGGUUGGACUGCGGCUCGUUUUAGGGCUCGGGAAUAUGGAAUUUUAUGUAUAUUUUGAACUUAUAACUUGAGUUCGGCGUAGAUAAACAAGUCGAGUUUGAACUCGUUUAUUGGCUCGUUUAGUUAAGCUCGAUCCAAUAAGUCGUGUUUGAUUAUCAGAAGCUCGAGUUUGACUUUGUUUGUUUACAGCUCUACCGAGUGAGCUACCUCAUCAUGGGCAGGCAAAUAAAAUAGAAGGGUCAAUCAGGCCUAGUUUGGGACUUGUGUUUCCAAUUGUCGAAGGAGAUGGAAAAAGAACAAUGCUAAUUACAAAAUUUCCUCAGAUUUUUCUACAAUUCUACUUACAACACUUAUU